CCUAACCUAUCGAUGAGCACAAUUUUGCGCUCGUGCGUCAACAGCCAUCGAUAGCGAAGUCGCAGCCGCCCGCCGCCCAGCUUCAGCCCCAAAUGGACGGUCCUCACGCCAUCACCACGUUGCAAAUUACAAAGCUCGCCGUAGGCGAUCACGAUCCUCAUCGUCAUUAUUCAAUAAUUAAAAAUUAUUUUAAAAAAUCCAUUUACUUUUCUUCUUCCACAUUUCUGGGCUGACUCACCUACAUUUUCCCGUGAUGAUUUUUCGGCGUUCCGUUUGUUCAGACGUUGGGGUUUAAGCACAGCCAAUCAAGGCAUUUGACAUUUAAUCCCUCCCAGUGAUAAACAUUACACAUAAUCUGCGACUUUAUUGAGCACCAGAGUUCUUUCUUAUAAUCGAGUUGCAGAUUAAGGUGUGUGGGGAUGGCGGCUCGGAGGAUCUCGGUGCUUCUCUCUCGCUCGUUUGCUUCUGCUUCUUCCGCUGGUUUGAUUUCUCGAUCGAGGAACUCUGGCCUGGGAAGAGAUUUCUGCAGAUAUGGUACUGCUGCUGCUGCUAUUGAAGAGCCUAUUGCUCCACAUGUUAAAGUGAAUCAUACUCAGCUUUUAAUCAAUGGACAAUUUGUUGAUGCUGCAUCAGGAAAAACAUUCCCAACGUUGGACCCCAGGACAGGUGAUGUGAUUGCUCAUGUUGCUGAAGGUGAUGCCGAAGAUAUCAACCGAGCUGUCUCUGCUGCUCGCAAGGCAUUUGAUGAAGGACCAUGGCCAAAGAUGACUCCAUAUGAAAGGUCAAAAAUAAUUUGGCGCUUUGCCGAUUUACUUGAAAAGCACUGCGAUGAUAUUGCGGCACUAGAGACUUGGGAUAAUGGAAAACCAUAUGAACAGGCUGCUAAAAUUGAAAUACCAAUGGUGGUCCGUGUAUUUCGAUACUAUGCUGGUUGGGCAGAUAAGAUUCAUGGUCUCACAGCUGCUUCUGAUGGAUCACAUCAUGUACAAACCUUGCACGAACCAAUCGGGGUUGCCGGCCAGAUUAUUCCAUGGAAUUUUCCUCUUCUCAUGUUUGCUUGGAAGGUUGGGCCUGCAUUAGCAUGUGGUAAUACCAUUGUUCUAAAGACGGCUGAGCAGACACCAUUAUCUGCUAUUUAUGCGGCAAAUCUGUUUCAUGAGGCUGGGCUUCCUUCUGGUGUUCUAAAUGUGGUUUCGGGUUUUGGUCCAACUGCUGGUUCUGCUCUUGCCAGUCACAUGGAUGUGGACAAGCUUGCUUUCACUGGAUCAACAGAUACAGGAAAAAUUAUCCUUGAAUUGGCAUCUAGAAGUAAUCUUAAGCCAGUGACUUUGGAGCUUGGGGGGAAAUCUCCUUUCAUCAUAUGUGAGGAUGCUGAUGUAGAUAAGGCAGUUGAGAUGGCUCACUUCGCUCUUUUCUUUAAUCAGGGACAAUGUUGCUGUGCUGGCUCUCGUACAUUUGUACAUGAGCGUGUGUACGAUGAGUUCAUAGAAAAAGCAAAGGCACGCGCUUUGAAACGUGUUGUUGGUGAUCCAUUCAAGGCAGGCAUUGAACAGGGUCCCCAGAUUGACUCAACUCAAUUUGAGAAGAUCCUUAAGUACAUUAGAUCUGGGACUGAAAGUGGAGCUACCCUUGAAACUGGAGGAGAGCGAUUUGGCAGCAAGGGCUUCUAUAUUCAGCCCACCGUUUUCUCCAAUGUCAAGGAUGACAUGUUGAUAGCGAAGGAUGAGAUCUUUGGUCCAGUGCAAUCUAUCUUGAAAUUCAAGGAUCUUGAUGAAGUGGUAAGAAGAGCGAAUGAUACACGCUAUGGAUUGGCUGCAGGAGUCUUCACCCAGGACAUGGACACUGCCAAUACUUUGACACGGGCAUUGAAAGCAGGGACAGUAUGGGUUAACUGCUUUGAUGUCUUUGAUGCUGCUAUUCCUUUUGGAGGAUACAAAAUGAGUGGACAUGGUAGAGAAAAGGGUGUUUACAGUCUGAAUAACUACUUGCAAGUGAAGGCUGUUGUUACUCCUUUGACGAAUCCUGCGUGGUUAUAGAUGUGCAUGUUCAUUUUGAUUAUCUGUGAUAUUUGUGAAAAUAAAGAGGGAGCAGUAUCAAAAUUUUUGGUUGCAUUUGCCUCCUGUUGACAAUGAUGAUGACGAUCAUAAAAUAUUGCUGCUUGAUUGAUAUGGACUUGAAGAAGGAACUCAGUUGCAUAGUUUUUCUGAUGAUUCAGGGAAAAAGCUCAGAUUAUGCAAAUGUACAUUUCUUGGAAUGACGGCUCCUCUUGUUAGAUUUGCUCUGUUUUUAUUGUUAACUGUUUUUGAGGAGACACUGCGCAUGUUCUGUUUGCCCUGUGUUGUGGUUAAUAAAAUUUUUAUUUAUAGCCAAACAAA